UGUUAUCUGGGGAUUGAGGAGAAGUUGGGGGGGAAAAAAAAGUUGGGCCUUUUUUGAUAAUGUACAUUUAACUGACUGCUAACUUUAAAAGUAAAAACAAGUAGCCAUGAUUAUUACAUCUGAGUUUCUGUUUGUUUUGCUUUGCUGGAUGCAGAUGGUUAUGAAAUGCAGCAGGUCUGUUUAACUUUCAUACCUUCCUUUCCUGAAAAGUGUAGCUUGCUGCCACUGCGGCUCUUACUCUAUUUUUAGGUUCACUGGGUUCUUGGCACAACAUGUUACCUAACAAUGGCUGCGGGCUACACAUGACCCUCAGGGUUCAACAACAGCUUUGCUUUGCUGAGCAUUUAUUUGACAAGAGAAGUUUUAGAUCCUCUUCUUUGUGAGCACUUCCUGUUCACUUUAAAGUCACAGCAGGCUUUAUUGUAUUUGAGGGCAGUGAUCUUGACAGUCAAGUACCCACAUUGUACCUCUUAGAUAUGCAAAUGCACCUUGAGGCCAUAUAACUACUUACAUAGAUUACAAGAGUGUGUUUAAAAUCGACUUCUUGGAUAUCUCUUGUUGCAUCUCAGCCAGGUUUAUUCAUGCAUUAACAGCGUGUACCUCCACUGAGCUCACAUUAAGGCAUUUAUUGUUGCUAGAAUACCUCCUAAAAUGCUGUGUAUCCUCCAUCACCAUAGGAGGUUUUAAGUGGUGCACCAAUGAGUCACAUAAUCCUAUAAGGUAGCAGAGCGGGCUGAUGGGUAGAGAAAAGUGUGAGUGACUCACUGUUGGUGAGUGGGUGGUCAGGUACCAAGGCUCACUCCAUGAGCAGGGGAGAUAAUAACACACCGUCUGUACAUCUCCAUUCCCAUUUGGGCUUGAAAAUAGUCGGCCUCCCCAGCUGUUAGUCAUUACGCCUUGCGGUGUCGAGAAGGGAGGAGGCCCCCCCUCCGUCUGUCAGCAGGCAGAUAAAGAGAGGAGGGCUUCAUGCCAUGUUUUUGUAGACAAGUGUGCACCGCUCUGAAACUUGCAGUGCGGUUCAUUAAUCAGUAUACUUGCAGGGUUUUAUCUAGACUGCUGUCUCGUGGAGAAACAAGCAGGCAACACAAACUCCCUUGCUGCGAUGCUAAUGUUUCCCUGUAGUUAAUAAACGAAAACACAACACUGCUCUCAGAUGUGAAAUGAUUUCGUUCCAGUCAUCCUCACAAAUGUCUCGCAUGUGGUACUUUGCCCCCGUUCUCUGUGCCGCCUUUGCAACAGAGUACUUAUUGGCCGGAAAUCCAGAUCAUCCUGGAUGAGGGAAGGUGCUUGUUCUCUUUGUAAGAACAUGAGAGAGCAUUAAAACUGUUCUGUUUUAAGUGAAUGUGGCUGAGUUACUUUAGCAAAUUCAGAUGAGAUGGGGUUAUUCAGAUGUUAUCCCUGACUCUCCACUCCAAAUUGGAAUUACACAAAGACGUAUAAAUGGGAAAACUUGAGAGCUUGACCUUGUCCCAUUGACCUCCCACUGCUACCAGAAGUGCUUAUUCUCCACAACUUUUUUUUUUUUCCUCUUUCUCGGUAAAUGCUCCAUUGUGUGGAUGUGGCUAUGCCACGUUUGGAGCCAUGUAUAAAUACUAAUGGGCUACAUUUACGAGACUGGCGCACAUUUCUUCUAUGGUUAUAUUCAAGGAACGGACUAUUUACUCUCGAUGGGUUUUUCUUCUUCCUUCCUCCCCCUACUCCCACAAUCCCCUCCCCCCUCCACCUUUUUAUAUCGUGAACGCGCGCAAUAGGCUGCUAUUAAAUGGGCGGACUCGGAGGCGCGGUCACGUUCAGAGCGGCUCCGGUGGGUUUGAGUGGCACAUAAAAGUGCGCGAGCCACCGGCCGACCGGCGGAACUCUACCUCUCCUCUAUGAGACCGGAUCGGAGCUGAUUGACACCGGGGAUCGGAACCAGAGCCGGAACAAACCAGCUACAGUUUGAAGUCAACUGGUUUGAUCUGGACAUCCACUGUAGACAUCCGGGAAAAUCCAAGAAGGUCACCCUCCACCUCACCGCGGCCCAUUGCGUGGGAUGCUGGAGAGCAGAAGAGCGGGGGUGGAGAUUUGAUGCCACUUGGCAAUAUUAAAAGUUGUGGCGUAGUAAAUCAUGGGGGAUUCAAUCUUCAACUGCUGUUAUGUCCCACCCCAUCCCCCAGGCGAGGAGGAACCCCAGAGACCCAGGCGCUCAGAGAUCAUGGCCUCCCACCCAGCUCACAUCUCCCCUGACAAGCGCUUCCUGAUCUUCUUUGACUUCGACGAGACCAUCGUGGAUGAAACCAGCGAUGACAUGGUCGUGCAGGCCGUCCCGGGUCAGCACCUCCCCGGGUGGCUGACGGACACUUAUCAGCCCGGCCGCUACAACGAAUACAUGCAGCGGGUGCUGGCUUACCUGGCGGAGCAGGGGGUCACCGAGAGCGACAUACGCAGCGUCAUGGAGAAGAUACCGGCCACACCCGGCAUGCUCACCCUCUUCCAGUUCCUCCGCAACCGGCCCGCGAAGGACUUUGAGGUGAUACUGGUGUCCGACGCCAACACUUACUUCAUAGAGUGCUGGCUCCGGCGCGUCGGGGCCCGCCAGCUGUUCCACCGGAUCUUUUCCAACCCCGCGACCUUCAACAAGGACGGGCGGCUGGUGCUGCGGCCCUUCCACUCUCACGACUGCCCCCGGUGCCCAGACAACAUGUGCAAGCAGGUGAUCGUCAAGGACUACGUGGCCCGCAGGACGCAGGAGCGGGGGCGCCCGUACCAGAGAAUCUUCUACGUCGGGGACGGAGCUAAUGACUUCUGCCCCGCGCUCUCCCUCGGUCCCCGCGACGUGGCCUUCCCGCGGAGGGACUUCCCCAUGCACCGGCUGAUCACCGAGACCCACGAAGCCCAGCCAGGGGAGUUCAAGGCUGUGACGGUGCCUUGGGUGAGCGCGGAGGAUGUGGUGCAGCGGCUCCGGAAACUGGUGGCAGAUUAAAGGGCCACACACUUAGAGAGUGUAACACAGAGGGGGGGUAAUCAAGGGGCCAGCUGACACUUUAAGUCAUAUUCUCAGGUAAAAUAUUCCCAGAAAUUGUUGUGCACGGCAAUAAGAUAUUUGUACCAUCUGCAAGGGUCAUUGUGUCUAUCUGGCAACCAACACGUGCCUCAGUCCAGAAUCUCACGUUUUUGUUCCCCAGCCCUGAAAUAGAAACCCGGUUUAAUCAUUAGACAUCAAGACCUCAGCUGUUACCCAAAGUGGGGAAUCAAAUGUAAUGAUAUAAGCAUAUUAAAGCAUAUUUCAGUAUAACUAUAAAGUUUGAGAGCAUCCAAUUAAAUAUCCUUCAGUGUGGAACAUGGCGUGAUCGUAAAUGUUAAAGUGGGUCAGUGGUGUGAGGAAUCACUGCAGCAGUCAAUAAAAAUCUUAUAAAUAACAUGACAAAUAUAUCAACCAACUGACUUGAGUGCUCCCGAAUAGCAGUUAUAACUGUUUUAUUACAAACUGCACAUUUUUGAAUAUGCAACAUUAAAUCCAUUAAAUAAAAUUCAGACUUACACUGCCAUGUAAUGGCAAAGGGCAUUGACACUGACCAAACAGUAUUUUCUACGUUCCCCAGACACUACCUUCUGUCUAAUUGAUAACUGUAUGAAUGACCGUGUAUCAAGAGUGUGUGUUUAUGUUUAUCAGUCUGUCUUUAUUGUGUAGGCUUCGCCUACUGAAACUAUUAACACCAGCAGGAAUAAAGCCAUCGACUGAAA